AAAGCACUGCACGCGCGCGGGAAAUGCCAACUGGAGUCGGGUUAGGUACAGCUAGGAUUGAGAAAACGUCAUCAGACACGGAUAGAAGACGCAACGUUAAAUCUUGCACUCGCAAAACAUGACUACUUUUCUACUUUAAUCACAAUUCAAAUACACGUUAAUGGUAUCAAUAGGAAAGAAAAUUGGAUAAACGGAUCCAGACGAUAUGUCUACAAGAAGUCCGCAGACUCGGUUACAGAAACGUUUGGUUAGUAGUCGGCACUUCCUUUUAUCUGGAUUCGAGGAUCGGGAGAAGAAAGAGCUGGCUGAAAAGAUUGCUGGACUUGGUGGAUUGAACCUGAUGUCAGAGACUUUUAAGCCAGCAUGUACGCAUUUGGUAUGUGGGCGACUUUCCCGGAGCGAAAAGUUUCUCUGUGCCUGUGCCAUGGGAAGGUGGAUCCUUCAUCCUAAAUAUGUCAGAGACUCUGCAGAGAGAGGGGAGUGGCUUCAGGAAGAGGAGUACGAGUGGGUCAAUUACCCUCGAGAUGGCCUGUCGGAAUUCAUGAAUGCAGGUCGGAGAUGUAGAUUCAAUGUGGAGGCCUUCAAGUCUUUGCCGUUCUCUGGUUGGAGAGUAGCAGUGGUUGUACGUGGCUCUAGGAAGAGCUCUAUUUACUCCAGGUUGCUCUCGUGUGGAGGUGCUGAGAUAUACAAGCUGAGUCUGCCGGUAGGGAACAGGAGCCGUGUAGCUGACCUUUUGACCUAUGUUUUUGUCGGAGAACGCAAUAUCCCAGAUGUACUUCAUUUGAUCGAAUACGGAAUAAUGUGUCUGCGGCCCGAGUUUAUUGGUGACUACAUAUUACAGGACCCCCCACCAGAUCCUGUAGAUUAUCUCGUCAAACUGGAAGCGAGUAAGCGCUCCAGUGAGCUCGGUACAGUAGAUAUAAACGACAGCACAGCAGACAUACUGUUCAGCCAAUCUGGCUCCAGCCAGUCCACACCCAGCUCUCAAUCGCUGACUGGGUCCCAUGUCAACACACCUUGGGGGUCUAGCCAUAGCACUCCUCAGGGGACACCACUGAAAAAUGUUCAGAACAAGUCCACAAAACCAGUUGCUGUUUCUCCUCUCGUUUUGAUUGACUUCAGUCAGACACCGGACUCCCCUUCAUCUGCAUUGGAACCAGCACAGAUUAUUCUAAAUGAUUCCAGCCGGAAGCGAAAGAUGGUGGACAAUUUGGAUAAAGCUGUACGUCAGUUAAAGAGGUGCAAGAUGACGCACAGAGGUGACUUAUGGCACCCCACCGUAUUUACAGGAUUGUCGGCUGAGGAAGAUCAGGAGCCUGUGGAGAUCGUCCUUCCAUUCCCAGCUAGCUUGGAGGGGAUGAUCCUGGCCUGCUUUGAGGAGGACAGCAGUAACCCCAAUUUCUUCCUGGCUGGACUGGACAUGGUAGUGUCCAGUAUCUCUAACAGGCAGUCCCCUACAGCCAGCAUUAUCAAAGUCAUUCUUCAUGGAAUGCUGGAAGUUCCUGGAACGAAUAGUUUUCAGACUGAUUUAAUCCAGUAUCGAUGUUACGAUGUCCUUAUGAAGAUUCUUAAUCUUCACCCCCCUACCACCCCCAGGGCAAUCGACCUUUACCAAGCCGUGCUCAACAAUACAGAUGAUGUAACCUGUGACCAGAGGAACAUAAUCAGAUCUUUUCUUCAAGCGAGAAGUGAUAAAGAUGGUCCAUUAUUUCCGAAGGGCCGUAUUCUGCUGCUGCAGUUUAUUGUUGCUGCCUUAGAAGUCAACCUUCAGCAUUACCUGGACAGGAUAGAUAAAGGAGAGAUGGGGACGAGGAAACUGAGAGGAUGCAUGUUUGCCCAAACCUUGUGGCCAGGCAGCACGUUGAUGUCAUUUAAUUCCACCUGUAAGGAGUUGGUCCUUCUCUUUGGGCUUUGUAUUACAGAGGACAUGGACAGUCUGUUCAAGAGAGAUCUAGUAAAAUUGACCACUAGCUUGAUCUGUAUGGCUGUCCUCUUGGUACAGUACGUGGAGACAGGUCAAAGGGUCGCCCUCUACGAACCCAUUGUACCUAGCCCCACAGCAGCCUCGCUACUGCAUGAAGCUACUCGACAAGUUCCAAGUACUCUAAGCAAUGAGUUAUUGAGGACCAUUUUAAGGAACUUGACUCCUUCUUGGAUCACAGUUCAUUUCUGCUAUUUGCUCCUUAGAAACUUAGAUGAUUAUUUGCUCCUGCAAGAGUUACCAACUGAUGAUGUUGAUCUUCGAGAAAUUGUCACAAAGUUCUUCUUUUUAUUACCGACAAUAAACAGCAGACAAAGUAACAUACUCCAGAGGCCCCACCAAAAGAAGGUCGAUCACAGAUUACCAGAGGAACCUAGACUUAGAACACGGAAAACGUUAAGGACUGCAAGUGGCAAAGAGAACGAAAGCACGGCUGGUCUAUCAGGAGUCCGAAAUGUCAACAAGAGAAACGUCAAAGGUGAAACUCCUUUACAAGUAGCUUGCAUUAAAAAUAAUUUGAAGAAAGUGAGAGAGCUUCUUCAGUUAGCAGAUGUGGACGUAAACACGUGUGAUUAUGCUGGGUGGACUCCGUUACAUGAAGCUUGUAACCAUGGUCACUUGGAAAUAGUAAAGGAGUUGCUCAACUUUGUUCCUGCCAAAACUGUGGAUCAUUUCUUCAGUCCAGGUAACAGAAAGCGUAAGAAAGUGAACCUGUUGGCGGUGACGACGGAACUGAUCACACCACUCCAUGAUGCUGUGAUGAACAACCGACUGGACGUGUGUAAGAUACUCCUUCAGCACGGAGGUCCGGUUCUGCUAGAACGUAAAACAGCACAGAAUCAAACACCAUUAGACCUUGCCCCGACAAGUCAAAUGAGAGAACUUCUUCAAUCGUUUACAGAGAAUCGUUCCUUGCGGUCUUUUUCUCAAGGAAGCUUCAGCAGUGACUGCCCAGCAGAUUCUCCCCCCAGUGAAUAUCUAUAUGAACAGGUGCUUGGAGAGAAGGAUCAUGGAUUUGCCGACCGUGAGGAGUGUGCUAAAUACAUUGGUGUGAUUUCCACACUGGUACAUGCCUAUUUACAAGUGAUUGACUAUAAUCAGAUUCAGGCUAUAAUGGAAGGAAAGACUACCCUGUCAAUGAAAGGUGUAAAAAUGAAACAGAGUGGUGGACAAGAUAUUAUACAUAAUGGAACAGAAACUUCUUCACCACAGUGUCAGGUUUACUCGAACCAUAGUAAUCAAUUGACUCCCCAAAAGUCCAGAUCGUGUUCUGAUACGUUACUAAUCCAGCGGGACUUUAAGACUGCCUGUAAGUUGUCGAUGCACGUAGAGAGGUUUACUGACCAUCUCCAACGGAUCACAAGAAAGGAAGACUUUGCCUGUCUCCAGUUUGACUUGUGUAUGUUGACACAGACAGCUGCUUCAUGUCAAAUGUCCGUCAAAUGAUGGACUUCUCUCUCAGGAAUAAAUUUUAGUCUCUCCCUACA